CGAACAGCUGGGAGACGGAGGGGUUGCGGAGCGGGAUCGCCCGAGCGCCGCCUGACACACCUGGGCUCAGAGCGAGAAACAGGAUUUAUUCCACCCUGCUCCAACCACUGGACAACACUGCCUCUUCCAGAGCUGAGAAGAGCUCCAGGGAGUUUGCCCUCAUCCGGCCAUCUACUUGAGCGAAGCAGAAAUCUGCCGCAGCAAAUCAGUGGUCUCCAGCCAUGGGGAGCACCGGCGAGCCUCUGAGUCGCUUCUGGCGCUGGUACAUCUACGCCAUCCACGGCUACUUCUCGGAAGUGAUGUUCACGGCCGCCUGGUCCUUUGUGGUGGACCGGGACUGGAAGUUCCAGGGGGUGACCAGCGUCUGGGCCCUCUUCAUCUAUGGGACCUGCGGCCUGGCCCUCGAGCGCCUCUACGUCCUGCUCAAGGGCCGCAGCUUCCUGGUGACCCGCUGCGCCAUCUACACCCUGUGCAUCUACCUCUGGGAGUUCUCCACCGGUUAUGCGCUGCAAUGCUUCAACGCCUGCCCCUGGGACUACAGCCACUACCGGUACAACUUCAUGGGCCUCGUCACCCUGGAGUAUUGCCUCUUCUGGUUCGUCGGCGCCCUCCUGCUGGAGAAAAUCGUCAUCCGCAAUGCCCUGAGGCUCAGGCUGGAUCCGGCCGGUAGCACCCAAGGGCGCCCCUUCCCCAGGUUCGAACUGAAAGACGACUGAGUUCGGGGUAACUCAGGAUGGAGAGAAAACCAGGGAGAUUUAAGAUCCCGGACAGUCAUACUCCAUCCUUUUCUUCCUCUGGGCAAAUCUGCGGAGGGGCCGGCUAUCACAAUGGCCGCACUCUUCCUCCACGGUCAAGCGAUGCUCCUGAAGGCCCG